GACAUUUUCAUUAGCUGCAUUUCAGUUGAACUUUUUCAUGUGAACAAAUUGGCCAUCUAAAAAAAUGUUUCCAGUCUCCUGAGACGCAACUGGCCACAAUUCAAUUCCGUCUGAAAUUGAGCGUCUAAAUUCAGUGUUCAGAAGACUGCGAGUAAGGCCGCCUUCUUUUUUUCAUUUCCACUGUUCCUGUGCAUCAAACGAGAGGAGGAAGAGUCAACCGAGCGCGAGCGGGACGACGUCGGCUCGGGGGAGACGUCACGUGACCGCAGCGGGGAAAGGUCGGCGUGGUUUUUUGUUUUUGUUUUUUUUCAAAACGUGCAAAAUGAAUGACGAUAGCUCAACGUUUCCCAGUCGGCCGGUGAUCUAUGAUGGAGUAAUAACCUCGAAAAUAUGUGGAUGAGCGCAGGACGUUUUGAACAGAGCGGGAGACGUCACUCCCAUUUUGUUGUUGUCGUCGAGCGCGACGGCAGGCCGCUCUCUGCUCGCUUUGGUUUCAGACGUCUGUUGCAUUUGACAACUCACUCCACGCUAACAUUGACCUACAAUUUCCGAAAGGGACACAGAUGCAGGGUUUUUUUUCUUCUUCUUUCGGCUUGUCCCGUUCGGGGUCGCCGCCGCGUGUGUCGUCUUUUUCCAUUUAAGCCUAUCUGGUGCUAAAAAAAAAAAAAGGCUUCACGCUUCACCUCCCACCUGUGUUUUCUGACCUGACACAAGACAAGACUUGGGUGAGAGCGCACACAAUUUUAUGAUUUGAAAUUACUUUGGUACUCUGUGGGAGUCGAUUUUUCGAAUUAUCAUGUCGGUGUGUGACAUUUCCAACCAAUCUGGCUAAGAAAAAGGACGUGCGUGAGGAGGUAAUGACAUCCACGGGGCUCUUCUCCAAAAUGAGGCUUUUUUUUUUGUCGCUCGGCCGUCAGAGCGCUGAACGCUUUUUUCUUCUUCUUUCCACUUGCAAACCGUCGGGAAGACGCGGCGGCAACUAUUGGUCAGGGCUGCGGCAACGCGGCGUCUCAUUGGCCGCCACUACUUCCGGAUUGGCCCGCCAUAGAUAUGAACACGCACACCGGUGAGACGACGUGUCUACGGAGCGGCCAUGUUUGAAAAGUCGACGUUCCCCUCAAAGGCAAAGCAUUGACGUUGGAAUUAAAUCGUAAACUGAUCAUUUCUUUGUCGAUUUACGCGAGCUUUACUUUUGUGUCAGCCUCAAAGCGUGUGUUGAAAAUGCUUAACAUUUGAAAAAAAAAAAACGAUGUUCAUCCGUUAUUGCUUCGGAAAUUUUUUUUGUCGAGGACGUGCGGCGGCAGCGACCGCAACCGCGCUCAGCACAAAGUUCGGCCAUCCUUUAAAUUUUGGCCCUUUUCUUGCCUUUCACUGACAAUCGGAAUACACCGGCGUGGUUGACCCGCCUAGCUCAUCGUCGUCGUAGGCACGCAGCUGAAAAGGGGCGCGGCCAGGUGACGUCUUCUUCUCUACGUCCCCGCCGAGAGCGCGAUUGUCAAAGUGGCUUCCGUUUGGCUCUUCGGCGGGUUUUGUUUUGUUUUGUUUUCGUUGCCGCUGCUCAGAUUGCCUCACCCGCAACGAGAGCUCAACAACUUGGAAGCCGAACGUUCCGAAGUUCUAUUUCCACUCGGAAAAGAGGCAAACCGACGGAAGUUCGCGCCCAGGCGAGUGUCCGCGCCCGGCCAUGAGCUGCCCCGUCAAUCUGCCGGCGGAUGUUUUCCAUCCGGUUCCGAGUCGCGACGGCGUGAAAAGCAGGUCCCUGGCGGCCCCGAGAGCAUCUCAGUGGGAUCCGCAGCUGAGCCUCGAGCUGUGCUCGCGCAGGAUGCCCCGCCUCCUGCUCCACGAGAAGGCCCUUCGUCUGGCUCAGCGUCAUGUCCGCCACUGCGGAGCGUCACGUGGUCACUGCUUCUUCCUGGGUUCUGUGGACGUGGAUGCAGACGAGGAAGGCGUCACUGUGACGCUGGACCGCUUCGAUCCGGGUCGGGAGCAGGCCGGCGCCUCGGGCCGGGUUCCCGCCGCCCCGCUGCCGGGGGGCGUGCUGGUUCCGUGUUUGAUCUCUAAUCAGAGGGCCUCCGACGACGACGACAACGACGACGUGGUCCCAUCGGAGGCCGAACUCUGGCGCUCCUCCGCUGCGUUGCAGGCUCACUUGAGCGGUCGGCAGCCUCUGGAUCUGGGUCAGCUGAUGAGGGUCAAAGGUCGCGUGCGCUGCCAGCAGCAGGGAGGCCCCGCCCGCUUCUCGCUGGGCUGGUCGUCGCUUUGGCCGUCCGUCCGCCUGGAUGUCCGGCCCGUCCGCCCCGUACCCGUCGCGCCGGCGCCGUCGCUCGAGAGUCUGAGCGGGACGCCCGGGGGCCCCCGGCGAGGGUUUUUGACGAUGAAUGAGAGCAGAACUCUUCUUGGUCUGCUGAUGGAGUCGGACCCCCCGGCCUCCGACUGCCGCGGUUUUGGUGUGUGUGAGAGCCGCUGUGGGGUCGGAGUGAUUCUCCCCAGCAGCUCCCGAGAACCCCCUCGACCUCGACGCCCACCGAUCCGCUCCCUCCUGAGGGACGACCGCCCCCCUCGCCCGCUACAAGACGAGAGGGGGGUACUGGACGUCAUAGAAGAAAGGGACGGCGCGAGGGACUAA